UUUACCCAUAAUGCAACUCUAAAGUAAACGGACUUGAAACUGAAGCUCUGUACUUACUGGCGAAGCAGGCUGUCACUACAAGCAUCUUGAUAAUGGAUAGGGCUGAAGUGGGUUAGAAUAAAACCACCUCAACAUCCUCCAAUAGAUACGGUGACCGUGUAUAAGAUAUCUGGUGUUUAACUGCGAGGGCGUUUGAAUUGGUAACGACCUCAAAUAUCCACACGAUGAACUAGAUUGUGUGAUUGAGCCAUUGAGUGAUGUCGAGCUUCGUACUACAAUCAAAGUGAAUGUGUUAAAUACCUUGAACAAGAAGGAUUGUAAUGCAGAUAGUUUUAGUAUUCAUGUUCAUUUCGCAUGUCGUGGCCGCCAUUACCAAGCAACAGACAGGGCUCAAAGCUGUCGUUCAAGACUCGCCACAAACCGACCCAGAGACGUUUGUGAUGAAAGCACUACACAGAGUUGACCCAAAGCUGGUCGUGGUUCCUAUUGGUUCUUCAACAAUAGAACAAGUGACACCUGCCAAUGAAAGGAUGGCUGCACCAAUGCAAGAUAGUUCUAUGGGGACGGUUGCCAUGGCACCAUCCAAUAUGAUCGGGGAUCUUCUCGCGUUGGCCAAGCCUUUAAUGACGAUCUGCUCAGUACCAAAUCCAUGCGGUCAGCAGUGUUACAUCAUAAAAAUCCAUGGCAACUAUACGUGUGGUUGUAACCCAGGCUUCCAGCUCGCCCCGGACAAGCACCGAUGCACGGAUAUAAAUGAAUGUCACGGUCCGAAUAAGUGUAGUCACGGCUGCAACAACACUUUAGGGAGUUACUCGUGCACGUGCAAUAAAGGCUUUGAGCUUGGCCCUGAUAACCACUCAUGCCAAGAGAUGCGGACAACUCGUCUUCCUGCUUCUCUUACGUCCUUUAGCGCCUCGACCAAUAAAACAUUGGCAAACCCAGUACCUACCGUGUAUAUAAACCAUACCUACCUGCCUUCCCCGCGUCCGGCAACGCCCACAUUACAUAGGUGGCAUGUGUUGUGGAUCGCGAUCAUCGUCGGUCUUGCCGUGGUUCUAUUCAACGCAGUCUGCACGGCAUUACUACUUAGAAAAUUUGGCAAAAAGACAACAGCUCCGCCAGCCCCACCAGCCCCGGCCCAACCGCCACAAGUAAUGCCCUAGUAAUUCAAGACGGCUGGUCACGUGACGUCUGACGAGCUCUGAGCCAACCAAGGCGGGAGAAAGGAUUUGUACCCUAGAGACCUAUAAGGGCUUGUCACGUGCCGUCUGACGAGUUUUGAGCUUGCAUAGGGUAAAAAUAAGCUAAUAGAGAAUCGAUUUUGUGGCAAAAUGGGAAUCCUACAAUAUGGUGUUUUGAUGUUUGAUAUACCGGACUAUAUCACCAUUUAUCAUCAGAGAGGCGUAUCACUACGACGCAAUAUAAACGUUCAUCCGACGAGCAGUACAAAACUCUUUGUCUAACCACCCCAAGUUCAUGAUGUGUGCUGUUUUCAUAUCAAACAAUCUUGCUGUAAAAAUUGUCGUUUUUCUAGCUCUUUCUAGCAGUGUCCAUGCGCGUACACAUGGGUUGCGCCAAAAAGUGGGUCAUUUCUCAUUUAAGGAAUCUUCAAAUACUAUGCUUUUUCCAUAUGAUACCUACGACUGUGCACACCCCUCCCCCCCCCCCCCUCGGCCAUUCGCGGAAACGCGCCUGGUGUCGGAUCAGUAGGGGAUCUGGGAGAAGGGUCUAGGGGGUUUAAAUGUGAAAAGACGCCAAAGAGAGCAUUCCUGUAAGAUAUAGGCCCCCUACCCAUCUUUUUUGUUCUGUUUUUUUUUUUUAAUGUCACAAAGAAAAUAGAGAGGUUAGUGGUUCGUGUACUGAAUAAAGUGAAAAAGCAUUUCCUUCUCGGGAAACACCCUGACUGGUGUACAUGCUAUCGAAAAAACUGACUUCUCAGGUAUUUGUGUGUGUGUGUGUGUCAUAAAGCCAAAUGUAACAAAAAAUAAUCCACCCCCUCCCUCUUUGUCCGGUGCCACGCCUCCCCCUUUAGCUAAGCUAGAUCCGUCCCUGUGGAUCUAGGAAAGCUGCACUGAUUUAUUCAGAACAUGGGCUUCUGCUGAAAUAAGUCCCCUCCCCUUUAUGCCGGUUAAUCGUGUCAUUGUCUUUGUCUUUGCUAGUCUCUAGUAAGACUUACAGAUGUAUAGAAUUUGUUAAAAAAUUAGAAAAAUAAUUAAAGUGGCAGUGAUUGUGAUGAUGAUGCCAAAAUUAAUCAAUAAACAUAGUCUAAUUGGGA